ACUUCCGCUCGGUCUAUGAGGACUGAUGAAAUGUAGGAAAUCUGUUUCUGGCAGGGAGAAAAAAUCGUUUUCCCAAACAGCACCAAGAGGAGCCAUCAGAGAAGUAUGAAGAGGGGCAGUGCGGCUGUAGCUGCUACCGCUGCCGCCAGGCUGGUGGGGUGCGGGGAGCGGCUGCUGCAGGACCUGCGCCUGGAGGGGGUUGGCCCCGAGAAGCUGCAGGAGCCCAGCUCAGAGCCCAGCCGCCCGUGAGAACAGCCAGUAGCCCAGCUCUGGACGCAGGGGUAUUACAAGUGGAUAAAUAAUGUGCACUGCUCUGAGCUCAAAGGUACGCAGUGGACCUGGCCUCUCUGAUAUGCAUCAGUAUAGCCAAUGGCUGGCCAGCAGACAUGAAGCUAAUUUGCUACCAAUGAAAGAAGAUCUGGCCUUGUGGUUAACCAAUCUAUUAGGGAAGGAGAUAACAGCAGAAACUUUUAUGGAGAAGUUGGAUAAUGGUGCCUUGCUCUGUCAACUUGCAGAAACUGUGCAGGAGAAAUUUAAAGAGAGCAUGGAUGCUAACAAGCCUGCAAAGAGUCUGCCAUUGAAGAAGAUUCCAUGUAAAGCCAGUGCACCCUCAGGCUCCUUUUUUGCCCGAGACAAUACAGCAAAUUUCUUAUCCUGGUGCCGAGAUUUAGGGGUGGAUGAAACAUGUCUAUUUGAAUCAGAAGGUUUGGUCCUCCACAAGCAACCCAGAGAAGUGUGUCUCUGCUUGCUAGAGCUUGGCCGGAUUGCAGCCAGGUAUGGUGUGGAGCCUCCUGGUUUGAUAAAAUUGGAAAAAGAGAUUGAACAAGAAGAAACACUUUCUGCCCCUUCUCCUUCACCUUCUCCUUCAUCAAAGUCUUCUGGAAAAAAGAGUACAGGAAACUUACUGGAUGAUGCAGUGAAACGAAUUUCUGAAGAUCCUCCUUGCAAAUGCCCAAGUAAGUUCUGUGUGGAGCGGCUUUCCCAAGGAAGAUACCGAGUGGGAGAAAAGAUCCUCUUCAUUAGGAUGCUGCACAAUAAACAUGUCAUGGUCCGUGUGGGAGGAGGAUGGGAAACCUUUGCAGGGUAUUUGUUAAAACACGACCCCUGCCGAAUGCUGCAGAUCUCUCGUGUGGAUGGCAAAACAUCCCCCAUCCAAAGCAAAUCUCCAACUCUCAAGGACAUGAAUCCAGACAAUUACUUGGUGGUCUCCGCAAAUUAUAAGGCUAAGAAGGAGAUUAAAUGAAACUAACUGGUCACUAUAAGGGGACUCUCAUAAUGGCCUGUAUCCACUUCUCCAGUGUAGUCAGUUUAGUUCACAUGCUCUGAAAACUACUUUGGAAAAAAGUGUAACAGACAGAAAAAUGUCAACAUACUGAAAAAUGUUCAAAGAGUAGCACUAUUUAUUUUUAAUGCUUCUGUAGGAUAUCACCUAUUAAAAGAAAUUAUAAACUCAAAUUUAAAUUAGACAAAUUAUAGGCAAAUUAUUAUUUCUCAAUAUGUGAAUACAGUAUUUAGAACAUAAACAUUAGGAACACAAUUCUGGCUAAAGAUAAAAACUUGUUAGGGGAAAACAUUUAGAAUUCACAGAUAAGUCAACAGAAAGUGCCUGCUUUAUGUCCAUGAGUAAAAGCACCCCAGACAUUUUUAUAAUUGUGGGAUUUUUAAGCUGUUUUUUACAAAAUGAUAAUUAGUAUGAUAAUGUGCUACUUAAAAUAUCCAACAGCACUACAAAUAAAUACAGAGUAUUCACAGCAGUAAUACUUUACUGGAAAGGCCACUUCGGAAAAGUUUACAUUCACUUGGAAGAUUGCCUUAAAGUUUAUCUCUUAUCUAUGACCAAAUAUCUGGGGUACUUUUGGAAGUUUUCAGUACACCCCCUUAGAGAGUAGCUUAUGAAUUGUUUCACACAUUCCUAAGCACAUGGCUGUGUUUAGAAUGACUUAGUAUAAUUCACAUACAUAAGCUGACAUACGUUUAUAUUUUGACAAGUAAAUUGUACAGUCAAAUGUUCAUUGAUUUCAUGUUAUUUUAAAGCAUUUUAUUGAAAUAUAUCUUUAGUUAAUCCUAUUUUGCUAUGCUGUCUAGUAAAGUAAAUUCACUGUAGCUAAUGAUGUUACAGACUUAUGUAUACCCUUGUAUACCUGGGACAGGGCUGUUUUGUAGCAAUAAACAGCAAACUAUUGUCCUCGCUGAUUCAAGAAUUAAAAAGAUAAAAUUCAAAAA